UCAGUCGAGCGGCGGCUCGCUCGAUGGCCGGCGAGGGGGCUCUUGAGCCGCCGAGAAAGAGCGGUCCCUUUAAUUCUGGAUUCCUCCGCUCCAUUGAAAUGGGAGGAUUUUGGGCGCUUGAUUGGGACGCCCGCGUGGACCAUGGGAUUGAAAACAAGCUCCCAUGAUCGAGGUAUUUCUUCGAGUUCAAUCCAAUGAUAGAAAAGUCAAAAGAGUAACGCCUAUCCAAUCCCUUACCCAUCCAAUUUGCUUUCAUGUUUAUCAUUCGGUGCCGAUUUGCCGUCAGCAAUCUUGUUUUUCACCAUUGUGAUUCAUUGAAGACGAUGAAAUCGGACGCCUCUCAGACUGCAGCGGGAGCCUUUCGGGGCCCUAUCCUCUUUGUGAAAUGACAGAAAAAGGGGACCAAUAUACUCGCCAUUAACACGAAACUUCCUACCUUCCUGUCCGCUGGGGGCUGUCCAACCCUUCUUCAUGUCUAUAUUUUAGCCAAAUGAACAGGGAAAUUUUAGCAGGAACUUUAGGGGUUUGCUUAUUUCUUAUCAGUUAGAUCUUCCGCUGAAGAUUGCGCUAAGGAAACAGUGCUUUGGAACGAGGAUCUACCUAGUUGGCUUUUCUUACGUGGGUUGCUGAUACAAUGAAAAGUGGUUUCAUGAAAGUUCUGAAGGUGGGAGUGUCUUUGACUUAAUUUUGAUGGGUAUCUGCUUUAGUGCCAAAUCUAUAUCAGAAAACGAUGAUAAUACAGGGCAUGCAUUUGUUUGUGCAGGGGUGAAAAAUUCGAAAGAUGAUAAUGAUAGCAGUAACAUAAACGAUAAUGGUAGUGCAAGUAGCAAGAUCUCGUUGGCUUCAGCGCUGCCAGCCCCUCGGAGCGAGGGUGAAAUCUCGCAGUCCUCCAAUUUGAAGAGCUUCUCUUUGGCAGAGCUCAAAGAGGCAACAAGGAACUUCUGUCCUGACAGUGUCCUGGGAGUACCUGCUUCUAGUUCAGUUUUCAAAGGCUGGAUUGAUGAGCAUUCAUUUACUGCUACCAAGCCUGGAACCGGAUUGGGUAUCGCAAUCAAAAGGCUUCACCGAAACAGUUUUCGAGGUCGCGGAGAUUGGUUUGCUGAAGUGAAUUUCCUUGGCCAACUUGUUCAUUCUCACCUUGUGAAAUUGAUUGGCUAUUGCUUGGAAGACGAGCAACAGCUCAUCGUGUCGGAACUUAUGCCUCGAGGAAGUUUGGAUAAUCAUCUGUUCCUUCGGGGCUCAUAUUUUCAACCUCUUUCUUGGGCUCUCCGCUUGAAGGUUGCACUGGGUGCUGCGAAAGGGCUGGCCUUCCUCCACAGUGAUGAAAGAAAAGUGAUCUUCCGUGACUUGAGGACUUCAAUCAUUUUGCUUGAUUCUGACUACAAUGCCAAACUCUCUGAUCUCGGAUUUUCAAAGACACCGGAGAAACAGGGGGUACGAGCAAUGUCUCUACCAGGAUUACUGAGUACCUCAUAUGCAGCUCCAGAAUAUAUUGCGACAGGUCAGGCAACCACAUCAAGUGAUGUUUAUAGUUUUGGGGUCAUUUUACUCGAAAUGUUAUCUGGAAGAAGAGCUAUUGACAAGAAUCGACCAUUUAGAGAACACAAUCUCAUCGAAUGGGCAAGACCCUACCUUGCAAACGAACGGAAGAGUGUUCGAAUAAUUGACGACCGUCUCGAAGGCCAAUAUUCAUUGGAUGCAGCCUAUAAACUUUCUAGUUUGACACUGCAAUGCCUGUCCAUUGACCCCAAGUCGAGACCGAGCAUGAACGAGGUUGUAAUAGAAUUAGAACAACUACAAGAUUCCACAUCCAUUAACAGCAACAGAACUUCGACCCGAAACCACAUGGCUCGUAGGCAUAGCGCUGACGAUGCCAAUACUCUUCGUAGUGCACGUGCCCAUCCUUGGCCACCACCCAUUUCCCCUGAUUACUCAUAAGCAGAUGCAGGUGAUGGUUUUACAACUAAUGUUAGAAACCUGGCUGAUACUUGUUAUAGUUGAAUGGAUAUACUUCUCUUGCUACAGAGAAGGAACGGUCGUUUGAAAUUUUUGUAUGUUUUACAAAUAUACGAUACUCAAAAAGAUGGUGAGAUUCUACAUCA